CUCUGGUCAUCCCCUGUACUGUCCGCAGUCUCAGGUCAUCUCCUGUACUGUGUCCACAGUCUCUGGUCCAUCUCCUGUACUAUGUCUGCAGUCUCUGGUCCAUCUCCUGUACUGUGGCCGCAGUCUCUGGUCCAUCUCCUGUACUGUGUCUGCAGUCUCUGGUCAUCUCCUGUACUAUGUCUGCAGUCUCUGGUCCAUCUCCUGUACUGUGUCCGCAGUCUCUGGUCAUCUCCUGUACUGUGUCCGCAGUCUCUGGUCAUCUCCUGUACUAUGUCCGCAGUCUCUGGUCAUCUCCUGUACUGUGUCCGCAGUGUCUGGUCACUUCCUGUACUGUGUCUGCAGUCCAUUGGUUCAGAAUUUUUUUUCUAGUUUUUCUCCUUUAA